AUGUUGUUGACUGGAUUGUCUUCUGUUUAUUUAGGUUGGAGUACUGCUGCCGGCAUUGCAGGGAAUGUCUUUGCCUUUGUGUUGUUUCUGUUACCAAUACCAACAUUUAAGAGAAUUGUCAUAACCAAGUCAACAGAACAAUUCUCUGGAUUGCCUUACAUAUAUGCACUUUUGAACUGCUUGAUAUGCUCCUGGUAUGGCUUGCCUAUAGUCAAGACUGGUAUUAUACUGGUGGCUACAGUCAAUUCAGUCGUGGCGGUUUUCCAGUUAGUCUACUUGAGCAUGUUCAUUACAUACACUGAAAGAGCGAUUAAGCUGAGGAUGAUGGGAUUGAUAGCGGCAGUUGUUGUUGUGUUCGCGUUCGUUGUCUUUGUGGGCUUAGGACUUUUAGACUACGAUGAGAGGCAAACGUUUGUCGGAUACUUGAGUGUUGCUUCGCUCAUCUCAAUAAACUGGUCAAGGAGUGUUGAGUUCAUGCCAUUCAAUCUUUCUCUCGCGACUUUUCUGAUGAGUAUCUCUUUCUCUGCAUAUGGAGUGUUCAAGAAAGACCCUUUCCUCUAUAACCCAAAUGGUAUUGGAACAAUUUUAGGGCUUGUCCAAUUGGCUCUGUACUCCUACUACAACAAUGUAUCCGGAGAUGCCUCAAGAGAACCGUUGAUAGUUUCGUACGCCUGA